CUACAGCGGGUGACAAUAGUUCAUAAGGCUGUUCCUACUGACUGCUGAUCUUCUGACCUUUUUUCCUCUGUUCUAUUUGCAGUUUUUCCUUUUUUUUUACAUUUUUCUUCUUUUUCUUUACGAUUCUUUCACUUCCUCCAUAUUUUUCAAACUUCCCUCCUCAGAAAUAUUCUUAAAUUUCUCCAAAUGUCUUCAACUACCUCUUAAAUAGCCCUUGUAACAUGCUUAGUUCUAUACAGUAAAGCUUUAAUUGGUCUUUGCUUUUCAUUCUGAUUUCUGUUCAUUGUCUCAUUUCCUUACAUUUCCCUGCUUUUUCCUUAUUGUUCUUCCACUUCCACCAUUGCUUUCAAACUCUGCUCCUGAGGAAUUUUCUUACAUUUACAUCACCUAGCUCUUAUUUACCCCUCAUAACAAGGUGGUAGAAGUACUUUUUGUACUGUCCUGCUGUUGGAAUAUACAUCUAGUCAUCUUUUCAAAGAUGGGCAUUGUAAAAAAACUGAACUUCGUCUCAUCUAGCUGGUAAAAUCUUAACCCUACAGUAGAUAAGACUAGGAGCACUUUUUGUCCUGUCCUGCUUUUGGAAUAUUCAUCUAGUAACCUAUUUGGAAGAUGUGGAUCAAGAAAAACUGACCUUCGUAUCGUCCAGCUGGUUAAAUCAUAAUCUGUAAGAUAUGUCUUCUAUAAAGUACAGUCUGUGAGGUCACAUUUUCUGCAUUGCAGAGGUAAAAGGGUUUCCUAUGGUGUUUCCUAUUGACUGCUGAUCUUAGACAUCUGGAGCUAUAUUGUGUGUUUUUCCACUGUAAACUGGAUUAAUCUUAGAAUUAAAAUGGUCGACCCGUGUGAGGACGAUAACGCAAAAAUGACCAGCCAAGAGGCGCUGUGUACUCUGGACAAAAAGACGCCUCGCUGUUCGACUCUAAAGAUGUUCAUCAUGUCUCUGUCAUUCGCCUGCUUCUCCAAAGCUCUGUCUGGAACCUACAUGAAAAGCUCCAUCACUCAGAUCGAGAGACGAUUCGACCUGUCCAGCUAUCUCAUCGGCCUCAUUGAUGGAGGCUUUGAGAUGGGUAACCUGCUGUUCCUGGCUGUUGUCAGUCAUUUCGGAGCGAAGUUACACAGACCCAGACUCAUCGGGUCCGGCUGUUUCCUCAUGGCUCUUGGCUCUGCUAUUACAGGACUACCUCACUUCUUCAUGGGACGGUAUAAAUAUGAUACAGUUAUUCAGGGCUCACUGAAUGAAAGUGUCAGCAUCGUGGCCUGUAAGGAUCCCAUUACACAAGACAACUACACAGAUAUACUUCAAGAGUCUUCAGUAAACUUCAGCACAGGAGUUGACUGUGUGAGGGAACCUGGCUCCAACAUGUGGAUUUAUGUGUUACUUGGAAAUGCCAUCAGGGGGAUCGGAGAAACACCAGUCACUCCUCUCGGGAUCUCCUACGUUGACGACUUUGCAAAAGCGGAGAAUUCUGCUUUUUACAUAGCAUGCCUCCAGACCAUCACACUGCUGGGUCCCAUGUUCGGCUUCCUGCUGGGCUCCAUGUGUGCCAAACUUUAUGUGGACAUCGGAUUUGUUAAUAUUGACUCUGUGACCAUCACCCCGAGGGAUGCACGCUGGGUAGGUGCCUGGUGGCUCGGUUUUUUGGUGGCAUCCGUCAUCAUGCUGGUGGCUGGAAUUCCUUUCUGGUUCUUUCCUCGUUCUUUACCCAAGCAGGACGAGGAACACAGAGACAAUCCCAGCUUUCAUCUCACCAACCAGGAGCAAGUCCCCCAUCCAGCCACGCCAGCUAUGAAGCUAGCAGACAUCGCAAAAGGGUUCUUUCCCUCCUUGAAGAAACUGUUGAGCACUCCUACCUACUUCCUUCUGCUCUGUGGGAGUGUCCUGAACUUCAGCUCAAUAAUCGGAUUGAUCACCUUCAAAGCGAAAUACAUGGAGCAGCAAUUCGGCCAGUCCGCCUCCAGAGCAAACUUUCUUAUUGGAGUGCUGAAUCUGCCAGUGAUUGCAGUGGGGAUUUUUCUGGGUGGUCUUCUGAUGAAGAGGUAUAAGCUGAGUGUGGUUUCUGGAGCUCAGCUGUCGUUUCUCGCCUCCUUCUCUGCCUACCUGCUGACGCUCCUGGAGUUCGGCACCAAGUGUGAUAACAUGCGCAUGGCUGGCCUCACUGUGGCCUAUAACGGGACUCCUCACGUCUCAUACGAUACACUGUCCCUGUUCUCACACUGUAACCAGAACUGCUCUUGUUCUGGAGUGGACUGGGAUCCAGUGUGUUCUGAUGAUGGCAUCUCCUUCAUGUCUCCGUGUCUGGCAGGAUGCUCCAGCUCCAGUGGGCAUGGAAAAGACACGGUCUUCCACAACUGCAGCUGUGUGCUGAGCCCAUCUCCAGUAGAGGGCAGUACCUCAGUGUCUCUGGGUCAGUGUCCUCGGGGCCCAGAGUGCAGCCGCAGCUUCACCUCCUACAUGGCCGUGUCCGUCCUCAGCUCCUUCAUUAGCUCGCUGGGGACCACGCCUGCAUACAUGGUGAUUAUACGGUGUGUCAGUCCUGAGCUGAAGGCGCUGGCACUGGGUAUCCAGGCCCUGGUUAUAAGAACACUGGGAGGUAUUCCAGCUCCGAUGUAUUUUGGGGCUCUGAUUGACACCACCUGUUUGAAAUGGGGUAUGAAAAAGUGUGGAGGCCGUGGGGCGUGCCGCAUGUACGACUCAGACAAGUACAGAAUAAUCUUCCUGGGCCUGAUCGCGUGUUUGAGUGGCAGCUCAUACUUCUUCAUCUUUGCCGUCAUCAUCCUCUUGAGGAAGCAGUUCCGCAAAGAUGCUGUCAAAGCCCUCCAGCAGAGUGGAGGCCUGGGCCAAGUGGAGCUCCAUCCUCCAAAACAGCACCUCGACGAGGGCUCAGGACAUUGCGCCAGUCCGUCAGUCCACCAGACUGGAGGAGAGGAUUUAACAUCCAAUCAGAGGACAGUCGAAACUGUAGAGACAACAGAGACUACACAUGAACACCAAACACCACUACCAACUGAUCCAGAGGGGUCAGGGGUCACUGGUUCAGAGCGAGCUAAUGGACUCACGAGAGUGGACAGCCAAUUACGAAGAGCACAGGACAACCAGUCACGGACUCACAAGCCAAAGGCCAAUCAGAUUACCCGACUGUAGCCUUAAACGCUUAAUAUAUCUUUAUACUGGAUUAUUAUGGCCUGAAUUGACUUGAUUCAGAUAUGUACGUCAAUUACAUCAACACUGUCUUAUUGUUUCGACAAAUCAUUUCAAGUCUUUUUUUAUAGUUGCAAGUCUAGCAAUGUUUUACAGAAUGGUAUCAGCCUUAUGAACAAUUGUAGCAAACAAAUGUGUUUGUGAUUUAGAAUAUGUACAAUGCAUCAUUAAUUUCCAAUUACAUUUUUUUGCAGUGUGAAAUAUCACCUUUUAUUAGGGGUAUAACAAUUUACGAAAAUCAUAAUUUCAUUCACUAUGUAUGAUGGUGUCUUUAUUUGAUACAUGUUUCAAUACAGCAAAAAUGGGGAGUGCUUAAAAUUUCGUAAACUAAAGAUGUGAAAUUCUUUAUAUUGUACCACUUUCUUCUUUUUU